GCCUGUAUUAAUGCCUGUAUUAAUGCCUGUAUUAACGCCUGUAUUAAUGCCUGUAUUAACGCCUGUAUUAAUGCCUGUAUUAACGCCUGUAUUAAUGCCUGUAUUAAUGUGUUUCUUGUAUGAGUGGAACUUAAUCGUUGACUUCUGUGUCCUCAGCCUCCCUGUGGUCCGUGGUGAGUGGCCUCGCUGAGGGUACGGCUGCUGAGGCCACUGUGCUCUACGGCCUUCAGAGGAUCAGCGGCAGAGGCGCUCUGGAGGCCACGACCCUCAGGAGCCUCGGCCUCAGUGGUGGCAGCGCCUCCCUCAGGUUAUUGCUACAGCAAUCAGAUGACCAACAGAGCGCUGGACAGCUCCCAGCGUCCAAUCAGCGCUUGCCGGAAGUGAUACCGGUCGAACCGCAGUUGCCGGAAGUGAUUCCAGUAGAACCACAAAUGCCGGAAGUGAUUCCGGUAGAACCGCGAAUGCCGGAAGUGAUUCCGAUGGAACCUCAAAUGCCGGAAGUGAUUCCGGUAGAACCACAGAUGCCGGAAGUGAUACCGGAAGCACCACAAAUGCCGGAAGUGAUUCCAGUAGAGCCACAGAUGCCAGAAGUGAUUCCAGUAGAACCACAAAUGCCGGAAGUGAUUCCGGUAGAACCACAAAUACCGGAAGCACCACAAAUGCCGGAAGUGAUCCCUGUUUUGGACCAACAUCCCCGGAACGAAAAUUUAUCAGAAUUUUCAUGUCCUGAACAUGUCUCGGGAGCCGCCAUGGACACGUCUGAGGAACCUUCUGUCCUCCAUGACGACGUCGAGCUCUUAAGGCCUGACGCUGUGCACGUCGCCGCGGGACGUUACAAACCCAAGUCCCCCGACGUGGUGACGAGCAGCACAGCCGCCCCUGACGUCGUCAUGACGAAAAACGACCCCAUGCCUCGUCCACCUGACGUACUGGCCGCAGAUUCAGCGCCAGGCCAGACUCCAGUGGAGGCCUUCAGUGGCCGCGGCCAUUCAGUGGAGGCCUUCAGUGGCCGAGGCCAUUCAGUGGAGGCCUUCAGUGGACAAGGCCAUUGCCUGAGCCCCACGGGCCCUUCUGUGCCCCAAGCCCCGCAACAAAGCGGGGACUUGUGCCCCAGUCAAUACAUGGACGUGGACUCGACGCAGGACUUGGCUAUAGCAGAGUUGACGCGGCGGGGGGCGGUGGUGUUCGACGCGGGGGACGAGACGGCGAAUCUACUGAUAUACUGCGAUGUUGUGGUGCAGGCGCGCUUCCGUCCUACAGACGAGGUGCAGGACGUGGCUGUCUUCGUCUCCUCUCUCCUUAAAGACGAAUCCCUGGAAUUUGAUCUCCUGAACAUGUUCCCGCGCGUGCCGCUGUCGCGCGUGCAGACGUUGCACGCGGCAGGCUUGGUGCCGCGCGCGCGUCUGCUCUUCACGCCCCACGGGCGCGCCAAGCUCCUGCCCGCCGCCGACCUCCUGAAGGCGAGCGUCCUGUCGCAGCUGGCGAGCUACCAACGCGCUCAGGACGCCCUCAUGGCAGCCAGUUCCAGGAACGACAGCGCCUCCUGCAGCAGCACCAGCGCCCCCAUCAGCGCCCCCAGCAGCAGCGACGCCCCUAUCAGCAGCAGCAACAGCGGCGCGGUGCCCAAGCGACCAAAGUGGUUCAAGCUCGGCAAACAGUGACGUGAGGGAGGAUAUCUCCGCACCUGCAAGCGGGGCCGAAGCUUUUAAAAAAUUUCACAGGGUGGCGAUUUUUACUUCGUUUCUUUGAGUGCUUAAAGAUUUUAGGCGCGAUAUAAAAUAUAUUGAAUACAUAAACGUG